AAAGCGCCAUAGUCACGGUAGUCGUGGCGACAAGAACCAAGCAACGGGAGUCAACAACAACAAUCUAAAUCUAAAGAAACAACUUCACCGACUAAAGAGGACAAUACUGGGAUAAACUAGAGAACUAGUGCCUCAAAGCCUUCGGUUGCCAUGGCAACUCCCGGAUACUCGGAGGACCUUCAGCCUCAGCAGGCCAACGCAGUAACCAUAGCAACACCCGCUGCCACCACACCCUCCUCCGCAAAAACGGCACACUUCCUGUCCGAGAUUCAACCUCCGACCUCUGGAACCAUUGCAGCAGCUAACCAAUCAGCCGCCGCCUCAAAAGCGAGACAGGAUGCACUUUGUUCUCAAGCCCCGCCCACCAGCCAGAGCCAGAAAGUGGUUCUGGCUUCACCCACGCAGCACUAUGUGGCCCCAGAAAUCCAGCACUCUGCAGUCCAGAAAAGUAAUGGUCAGAGCAAUUCACCCCAGUACAUCAUAGUGACUGUUACAGAGGGCUCUGUUCACUCCAAUGACAGCCUGUCGGACUCCAGCCCUCCUGCCCCUGGUGUUCCUACUCAGGUGGUCCAACCAGUGCAGACCACCCAACAGAGGUCAGUGUUGCAAGCAGUGUUACAGGCAGCCAAGAAGACUCAGACCAGCCACAUCAACCAGCUACAGUCUGUACACAUUAACCCCGAGGUGGAGCAUGUGUACUCUGGCCAGGUGCAGUAUGUGGACGGAGGAGGAGACGCAGCGUUCACAACAUCCAACAUUCGACCGGGCAACUACCCUUUCUCCGACUCGCCCCUCUACUCCCAGACUCCUCCCACCUCCUCCUCCUCCUACUACGAGACCACGCCCACCUCUGAGUCGGACAUCAGCGGCUCUGUGACCUCGCAGGCGGUUUCCGUGGCAACAGCGGGAGCCAAUAGCGGGGGAGCUUCUGCGGGCGGAGGGGGCUACGUCAUUCAGGGAGGUUACGUGUUAGGAGGAGGAGCAGCAGCAGGAGGAGGAGGAGGAGCACAGAGUUACUCCAGCCCGAACUCUCGCGCCCCGCCCGCUACUGUGCAGUGGCUGUGUGAUAACUACGAGGGGGCGGAGGGGGUGAGUCUACCGCGCUGCACCCUCUACUACCACUACCUGCUGCACUGCCAGGAGCAGAAACUAGAGCCGGUUAACGCUGCGUCCUUCGGAAAACUCAUCAGAUCUGUCUUCAUGGGGCUACGCACACGCAGAUUAGGGACCAGAGGGAACUCCAAGUACCACUACUAUGGUCUGAGGAUCAAAUCUGGUUCCCCUCUGCUCAGACUGAUGGAUGAGCAGCAGCACAUGGCCAUGAGGCAGCAGCCUUUCUCUCAGAAGAACAGGAUAAAGCCUCUUCAGAAGGCCCAGGGCAUCACCAACGGGACGUCGGGGGGGAUCGGGCAGCAGCAGGUGGCAGCUCUGUGUGACAUCUCAGCGCAGGUGCAACAGUAUCAGCAGUUUCUGGAGGCAUCGAGGCCGCUGCCAGAGUUUGUUGACAUUGAUCUGCAGGAUGGAGCCCUGCCGGACGGGAUCCUCUUAGAACACCUCAAGGCCUUUCAGACUCUCUACAGAGAACACUGUGAGGCCAUUCUGGACGUGAUGGUCAACCUUCAGAUCACUCUGGUGGAGACUCUGUGGAAAUCCUUCUGGAGGUUCAGCCAGAGCAGCGACACAGAGUCACUCAACCUGCACAAUGAGUCUGAGAAGCGUCUGCCUAAGUCCUGCCUGGUGCUGCUGUGUAAAUAUGAGCCGGUGCUGCGCUGGACCAAAGAGUGUGACAACCUGCUGUACCAGACUCUGGUGGAGAUCCUCAUCCCUGAUGUCCUGAGACCCAUCCCUAGUGCCUUAACUCAGGCCAUCCGCAACUUUGCCAAAAGUCUGGAGAACUGGUUGACAGGCGCCAUGAUGAACAUCCCAGAAGAAAUGGUUCGCAUCAAGGUGGUGUGUGUGGGCUCCUUCUCCCAGACGCUGCGCCGCUACACCAGCCUGAACCACCUGGCCCAGGCGGCCCGCGCCGUCCUGCAGAACUCAGCCCAGAUCAACCAGAUGCUGUCAGACCUCAACAGGGUCGACUUCACUAACGUUCAGGAGCAGGCGUCCUGGGUGUGUCAGUGUGAGGACCGUGUGGUCCAGAGACUGGAGCAGGACUUUAAGAUGACUCUGCAGCAGCAGAACUCUCUGGAGCAGUGGGCCACCUGGCUGGACGGAGUGGUCACCGAGGCCCUGAAGCCUUACGAGCACAACCCUGCCGCUCUACCAAAGGCUGCCAAGGUCUUCCUGCUCAACUGGUCCUUCUACAGCUCCAUGGUGAUCCGGGACCUGACCCUCCGCAGCGCUGCCAGCUUCGGCUCCUUCCACCUGAUCCGCCUGCUGUAUGAUGAGUACAUGUACUACCUGAUAGAGCACCGAGUGGCCCAGGCUAAAGGAGUCACGCCCAUAGCAGUCAUGGGAGAAUUUGCCAGCACGGUCAAGAGCCGGAUCUCUCCAGACCUGGAGAAAGAAGAAGAAGAGGACGAUGAGGAAGAGGAGAGUGAAGACGAAGGUGGAGACCUGGUGCUGCAGUCCAGCUCUCUGGGUCCCGUCGACGACGACAAGGACCCCGUGGAGCCGCCGGCCAAGCUGCCCCGGACCUCCUUCAGCCUGCACACGCUGGCCGACAGCACGCCACCUUAGCCACGCCCACACACUCUACACACACACACACACACUCUACACACACCUUCUGCUUUACGUUCAGCAUCCUGCCAUCCCAUCCUGUCACCAUGUCACGCUGUGGGUCUGCUAACAGCUGAUGUUUGGUGUGGAGUGUGUUCGUGUGUGUGUGAGGAAGUCGGAGAGCUUUUUGCCAAUUUUGUACUUUAGUGCUGCCGUUCUCUUUCUCUCUGCCUUCAUGUGAUAUUUGACUCGUUCCCUCGUUCCCUGUGCCUUUCCCUGUUUAUCAGCGGCUCCAUGCUAGCAGCCGCUCCUGUCCAGCCUCAACUAUAUUCUAUACAGUAUAUAUAUAUAUAUAUAUAUAGAUAUCGUUAGCCUCAUAGCAUAAUUGCCUAAGUAAUUUUUUGGCCAAAUUGUGAUAUCUGCCUAACUUUACUCUCCUACCACUGCUGCAUCUUUCUGCCUUAUUGCCUUUGUUCUCAGCCUAUCAGAACACUUGUUAGAGUCCAAAAUCACUUUCAUCUCUUUGACUUCGGCAUUUUUGCCGCUACAUACAAACCAAACUACAUUAUUUAUAUGUAAGAGAAAAACUGCCUUAGUCAGGGCAUAUUCUGCCUAAGUCACUUUUAUCUGUUAUGAAAUCAAUGUGUUUAAUUUUUUUAUGCAAACUUGUUCACACUUCUAUUUGAACUUACUGUUACAAUAUCAACUAAAAACACCAAUGGGCUUACUAAAAAUUGUGUUUUUUCUUGUUUCCCGAAAACGUUCAAAUAUAACUUGACUUAGGCAAAUAUGCUAUGAGGCUAACAAUAUAUAUAUAUUAAUUCCCUCCUGCCCCGCCUUAACCACUGACCUGAUUGCUGUGGAGAGAUGAGAAGAUGUUCUUCGUUGUAUAAAAUAUCACUUACCUUGCCUUUAAAGUGACGACUAUGCAGGGGAGCUGGACUUUAAUGAACUUUAAUGUCUGAAAUAUACAUUUUUUUUAAUGUCAGAGUAGCAUCUGGAUCGAUACUGCACCAUGGAUUAUGUUGAUAUUGACAUUGACGGCUCUUUGUGGAUGCCAUAUUCUAUCUACAUCAUGUCAUUUUAUUUACUAAUUUGGCCAAUUAACUGAAACCCUGUGCCUUUGAGAGAUUUAUAGCCUGAUAAAAAAAAUCUUGUAUUCUACAUAUUGUGUGUCGGUGGAUUAAUAAAUGAAGGUCCUGUGAAGUAUUCUCGGUGUCGUCAUGAACUUUUACUCGGUGAAACGGUGACAGUCAAGCCUUGUUGUGAUGAUGGUGUACUCCUCUUCAUCCCUCCAUCCUUUUCUCUUCAUCAUCAUCCAUUCUUCUCACACACACAUACAGGUGUGACACACUGCCACACACACCUUCAUAGAUGCAGUGCCAGAUGAAAGGGUCCCAGGACAAGGUCAAAGCUUAUCCCACCCAAUCAGCAGCACUUACUACACUGUAUCCAUGGCAACCUUUGUACCAGCUAGAUGUACCAGCUACACAGCUAUUUCUUAUUUUGUAGUGUAAAAGUAGAUUGUGUAUUUUCUGGGUGUCAAUGUUGAACAUUUUGUAGAUAACCUAUAUAUUCUGUACCUUUUUGUGUCAUAUAUCCAGACUAUUUGUAUGUUGUCUAACCAUUAUUGCCUUAAGAAACAUGUCGUGCUAUGUCCACUAUCCAAAUAUUUGAACUAUAUUUUUAUUGUGAUGAUGGACCAAGUGUUUGAUGAAUAUGGUGACUUUCUAGAUGGAGAACAUGCUGAGUCAGCAGCGUCUCUCGGGGCCGGAGCAGAUGUUGGACUGUCCGAAUACCAAGAUCCCACCAAAGAGCAAAACUAAAACUAGAUAGGAAACAAGGGUAUAUUUACAUUUCUUCAUAUGGUGAGGGCAGACUGCAAAAUAAAACCAACUGCUAACUGCGACGUCACCGUUACUGGAUUCUGUCCUUGGCUUGUGCUGCUGAACCUUUUCUAAACAAGGUCCUCGUAAUGUUCUUCUGAAGGCCUUUGUACUUUAAUCUGUGAUCAACGUUUGUAGCUUUAUUCUCACUGUUAACUAAAAGGAUGUGAUUGCUCUAAACACUUGUGCCAGUUUUAUUUUUCUUCAUGUGGCGGCUUUCUUUUCUUUUCUUGGUCUUAGCUCGACCACAUCACUUACACCAGAGGCUCCCUGUGAUUUUCAUGUUAUAUUUGAGGAACCUGAAGAGAUGAAAUUAUAGUAAUUUUAGAGGAAAAAAUACAUUUACAAGCACCAUUGACCUACACCAGCUGUUCUCAACCUUGGGGUCGGGACCCCAAUUGGGGUCUUGAGAUGAUUUCUGGGGGUCGCCAAAUCAUUUUGGAAGUCAGCUCUGUCUCCACUGUGUUAAAGUGUUCAUGUGUUAAUGUGUUUUAGUCUUUUUGGUCACUUAAUGAUUUUUUUUUUGGUAAUUUUGUGUCUUUUCGGGUCAUUUUGUGGUCAAUUUAAGUCUUUUUUGGUCAUUUUGUUUCCCUUUUUUUAGUCAUUUUGUGUCUUUU